AUUUGGUAUUUUUGGUGUCUUUGUGUCCCCCAGAAAGUGUCUCCGGCCGGGCUCCCCACCCGCUCUGCCCACCCCGCCCGCUUCUCCCCCGAUGACAAAUUCUCCCGGCACCGCCUGGCCCUGAAGCGCAGAUUUGGGGUUCUGCCCACGCAGCGGGGCCGGACCCUGCUCUGAGAGAGCCCAAAAACCCCGAAAGAGCCCAAAAACCCCGGCGGGAGGAGAUGGAAUCCAGUCCGACCCACCGAACUGCGCUGGAUGGAAGGAAGGGCUUAAAGACGAGGAAAUUGUGAAUAUUAAAGGAUUUGGGAGCUUGGA